AUGGCGUCUCUCGAUCACAAUCGUUCCGACGAAUCGGAUGAGGAGGACUUCAACCCGGCGCCGGCUGACGUGUCCGACGAGGAACCCGAUCAGGAGAGCAAAGGCGUGAAGAGGGCGCGCAGCCCCGAUGGCGAAGAUGCCGAUGCUCCAGACUCCCAUGCACAGGCCUUAGAAGAGAACGACGAAGACGAGGAGGAUGAGGAGGAUGAUGCGCCCGCGCGCAGAGGCGAUGACGACGAGGAAGAUGAUGAGGAAGAUGAAGACGACGAGGAUGAAGACGUUCAGCAGGGCCAUCGGCGCAAACGUCGCCGCGACAAGCGAAACGCAUUCUUCGAUAUCGAGGCCGAAGUCGACGACGAAGACGAAGGCGAGGAUGACGAGAAGGACGGCGAAGAGAUUGAAGACUUUAUCGACAAUGCGCACCCCGAUGACGUGGCCGACAGCGGCGGUAUGGAGGACGACAGACGACACCGCGAGCUCGAUCGUAGGAGAGAGAUGGAGCAGAGUCUUGACGCGGAAAAGCAGGCCGAGAUCCUCAGACAGCGCUACGGCAAUCGCAGAUCGGCCAAAGGGCUGGCGGAUUCGGCAGUCACACCGAAGAGACUGUUGCUGCCCAGUGUUGACGAUCCGAGCAUUUGGGGUGUUCGCUGUAAAGAGGGAAAAGAAAGGGAAGUGGUGUACUCGAUCCAGAAGCGCAUCGAAGAGCGCAUCGGGACCAAGGAAGAACUCGCAAUCACCUCGGCCUUUGAGCGCGGCGGUGUGGAUUCUAUAAUGAAGGGUCUCAUUUACGUCGAAGCCCAAAGGUCCACGGACGUGAUCAAGGCACUGGACGGCAUGCUCAAUGUGUAUCCGCGAACCAAGAUGAUCUUGGUGGAGAUUAAGGACAUGCCCGAGCUGUUCCGAGUCAGCAAGACCCCGAAUCUGGAGCCCGAUGCCUGGGUUCGUCUCAAGAAGCCCGCCAAACAUGCCGGUGAUUUGGCGCAGGUCAUCGACGUGACCGAGAAUGGACUCGAGGCGCGUGUCCGAUUCAUCCCGCGACUGGACUAUGGCGUGAGGGACGAGCUGAUCAGCAACGACGGCAAGAGGAAGAGGCCUGGGAUGCCAGGUCCCCGCCCGCCCCAACGACUUUUCAGUGAGGUGGAAGCGCGUCGCAGACACCCGCGCAACAUUCAAGGCAACCCCACGACUAACACUUGGACUUACAUGGGCGAAGAGUUCGAAAGGGGCUUCCAGGUCAAGGAUAUAAAAAUCCAGCAGCUGGUGGUCCGGGACGUGGCCCCAUCGUUGGAAGAGGUCUCGCGAUUCACCUCUGGCGCCGAGGACGGCACUGAAAAUCUGGAUCUCAAGGCUCUGGCAGCCAGUCUGAAGGAUAACAACAGUCUUGUGACCUACCUCCCCGGCGACGUCAUAGAGGUGUACGCUGGAGAGCAAAAGGGCGUGGUAGGCAAAGCGACCAACGUGCAGGGUGAUAUUGUCACCAUCUCGGUCACGGAGGGCGACCUUGCAGGUCAAACAAUCGAAGUGCCCACCAAGGGCCUGCGCAAGCGGUUCAGCGUCGGCGACCACGUCAAAGUCAUCGGCGGCAAAUUCCGCGACGAGGUUGGCACAGUUGUGAAGAUUUCAGAGGAUCGUGUAACCAUCCUGACAGACCACACUAACACUGAGGUCACGGUGUUCAGCAAGGAUCUCAGGGAGGCGAGUGACAUGGGCGGCCAAGGGUCCCUGGGCCAGUACAGCUUGCACGACCUGGUGCAGCUGGAUCCCACCACCGUGGGCUGCGUUGUCAAGGUGGACAGGGAAUCCCUGGUGGUGCUGGACCAGCACGGAGCUACCCGACAGGUGAUGCCUUCACAGAUCUCUAACAAGCUUCCGCAGCGGAAAACAGCCGUGGCAGCCGAUCGCAACGGUGCUGAGAUCCGCUUGGACGAUGUUGUCAAGGAGGCUGUUGGCAUGCAGCGCCAGGGCAAGAUCAUUCACAUUCACCGUUCUUAUGUGUUUUUGCACACAAACGAGACGACCGAGAACUCAGGUGUCUUUGUCACAAAGGCAAGUGUCGUCAACACCAUUGCGGCCAAGGGUGGACGUCUGAACAACGCAUCUGCUGGGCCUGACCUGACGCAAAUGAACCCAGCACUGAGGCGAAACACGAAUGAGCAGCCGCAGAAGCCCGUGCAAAAGAGCUUUGGCAAGGAUCGUUUGAUUGAUCAGACGGUUGUCGUCAAGAAGGGCUCCUACAAGGGGUUGCUGGGUAUUGUCAAGGAUACCACGGACACACACGCGCGGGUCGAGCUCCACACCAAGAGCAAGAUCAUCACGGUGGACAAGAACCAUUUGAAUGUCAAGGACAAGAAGACAGGGCAGACGAUUGACAUCAACAGCAGAGGUCGUGGUGGGCCGCCUGGGGGGUACAGCGGCAGCCGUGUGCCUGGAUACCAGCAGUCGGGUGGCCGGACGCCAAUGGCAAACUGGGGUUCCAGAACUCCUGCUCUCGGUGGUGGCAGUCGAACUCCAGCAUGGAAGGCCGACUCUGGUGGUUCCCGCACUCCUGCGUGGGCCAUGGGCGAUGGCAGCCGCACUGUCAACCCAUAUGACGGCAGCCGGACAGCGUAUGGCGGUUCGGGAUCACGCACGCCAGCUUGGCAACCGGGUGGCCGCACGCCCGCGCCUGGAGAUGCCUUCGGUGCUGGGUCGAGGACGCCUGCUUAUGGUGGUGGUGGUGGUGACUCCUGGGGCUCGAAAACACCAGCUUACUCGGCACCCACGCCUGGUGUCUCGGCCACCGACCCCUGGGGCUACACGCCAGGAGCAACAGGGUCAGCCUAUGACGCGCCCACGCCUGGAUCAGGCCUCACGGCUCCUAGUGGCGGUGCCCUGAGUGCGCCUACGCCAGGAGGCUACGGUAGUGCCGCGACUCCUGCUGCAGGCGCGCCCACACCAGCUGGCGCUUGGCAAGGAGGAUGGGGUGCUGCUGAUACUGCGCCCACUCCGGCAGCGAGUGCUCCCACGCCUGGUGGCUAUGGAGUUGCGCCCACUCCGGGCGCUGGUCCGACGUAUGACGACGAUGACUGA